GGAUGCUGCAGAGCGGGGCGGCUGGAGGCCGUGGCUGUGCUCUGUGCCCACUGCUGGGCGUCCUAUUCUUCCAGGGUGUUUACAUCGUCCUUUCCCUGGAGAUUAAAGCAGAUGCCCAUGUCCGGGGUUAUGUUGGAGAAAAUAUCAAGUUGAAAUGCACCUUCAAGUCAACCUCAUCUAUCACUGACAAACUCACCAUAGACUGGACAUAUCGAUCUCCAAGCAGCAGUCGCACAGAAUCAAUUUUUCAUUAUCAGUCUUUCCAGUACCCAACCACAGUGGGCACGUUUCGGGAUCGAAUUUCCUGGGUUGGAGAUGUAAACAAAGGGGAUGCGUCCAUAAGCAUAAUCAACCCUACCAUAAAGGACAAUGGGACCUUCAGCUGUGCUGUGAAGAAUCCCCCGGAUGUGUACCAUAAUAUUCCAGGGACAGAGCUAACAGUCACAGAAAGGGGUUUUGGCACGAUGCUCUCUUCCGUGGCCCUUCUUUCCAUUCUUGUCUUCAUUCCCUCAGCUGUGGUGGGUGUGUUGCUGCUGGUGAGAAUGGGGAGGAAGUCUGCGGGGCUGAAGAAGAGGAGCAAGUCUGGCUCUAAGAAGUCAUCUAUUGAGGUUUCAGCUGACACUGACCAGGAGAAGAAUGACUGCAUGGCAAAGCUUUGUGUCCAUUGUGCCGAGUGCCUGGAUUCGGACUAUGAAGAGACAUAUUGAUGAAAGUUUGCAUGAUAGAAGAAGAGUCACCUAAUAACAGAAAAUAUCCCAUUCCACUGGCAGCUAAAGCCUCCCAGAGAAGUGGAGCUGGCUUGGACAGUAGUGAUGGAGAAUUCUGGAAGCCAUCAGUGAAGACUUAAGGAGCCAUUUAUUUAUUGAAGAAAUGUUCUUUUUGUAUUUAUAAACUGUUCAAAAACUCUCAGAAGAAACUCAUAACUACCCCUUUUAAUAACUUAUACUCUAAUUGAAUGAAGGAAUUCUUAAAUAGAAAGAUACUUUUUGUUUUUGCCUUUGCUCUUGAAUGUAUUACAUGUUUUCUUCAAUUUUUUGAGAGAGAAUCCUAGAUGUUGGCCACACUGCUGAUGCCAAAAUAUAUACAUAUAUUUAAUGAAAUGGAGCUUGGAGCUUCCUGAUGUGCUCCCAGGCAAAAUGUUUGUCUGGGAUAGCUAUUCUUUGUUUUUUGCUCCAUGAACAUUUUCAGCUGUGAGUUAGCAUACAGCAUAUACUCAUUGGUUUAAUUAUCUCAUCAUCAAUUGUGUUUGGGAGGCUUGGAGUGCAUAACCCCAGUUUUUUUUUAGAGUUGGUAGGCUCGGAAGUCAGUGGUUUACUUUGACUGGGUUUUUAAAGUGUUAAAGUGCAUUCAGUUUACAAUUAAGGAAAGAAAUGAUGAGAUAGAGGGAUUCCUUUCUAUUGUCUUACUAGGUGCAAUUUGUUAUUUUACUUUCUUACAGCUGGCUGAUUUAUGAUUUCCUUCUUGGCUUUUCAGAUCAGAGGCAAGAAAAACUCUUCAAAAGGUUUUUAGUGGGGCUAAGUAGACUGUUUUACCAAUAAUUUGCAAUGAAAUCAUCUUUUAACCUAUGCUGUUCUUCAAAAGUUGUUUGAUUUCUAAAAUGCGGAAAAUAUGAGCAAACUAAUGUAUUUAAAAACUGUUUUCGCAUAAUAUUUGAGAUAACGAAGUGAAGGUGUGAAUAACCUAUACUUCCUCCUUCUGUUCUCUUGAUACCUUCUGUUAGCUUCCUCCAUUCUACUGCAGCAACAUAUUUCAAAUUUUAAUUUACAUGGGAUUUUCUAUAAGCCAUUAAGAAAUAUGUAUGAGCAACAAAUACUGAGCCUGUGCGCCCCAACUACUGAGCUCGCGCGCCUAGAGCCCGUGCUCCACAAUAAGAGAAGUCACCACAUUGAGAAGCCCACGCACCGCAACGAAGAGUAGCCCCCGCUCACUGCAACUAGAGAAAGCCCAGCAACGAAGACCCGAUGCAGCCAAAAAUAAAAAUAAAUUAAAAAAAAUAUGUAUGACAUAUCAGGAAGGGUUGACUGUGCAGUCCUCUGUAAUAGAGGGAUAGAGUUCACCUCUUAAUUAUGAGAGACAAAAAUUAUCCUCUCUUCCCAUCUUUGAUUUUUUAACAGGAUAGCCUGUUUCCAUGAUUUUUUUUUUUUUUUUUUUUUUUUUUUUUUUUGCGGUACGGGGGCCUCUCACUGUUGUGGCCUCUCCCGUUGUGGAGCACAGGCUCCGGACGCGCAGGCCCAGCAGCCAUGGCGCACGGGCCCAGCCGCUCCGCGGCAUGUGGGAUCUUCCCGGACCGGGGCACGAACCCAUGUCCCCUGCAUCAGCAGGCGGACUCCCAACCACUGUGCCACCAGGGAAGCCCAUGAUUUUUUGCUAGGUGGCUCAGGAGGUUUCCAUAUUAUAGCUAAAUACACUGUAUGCUGUACAAAAAUCACUUUUAUAUUUUUUUGCUAAGAUCUAUUUUUAAAAAUUUGGGUUAUUAGUUCUCAUAGGCUUGGCCUGGCCUCUUUUGUUAAUCUAGUCCAUCGAUUAGAGAGUCUUGAUUAGUUAAUAGAUGUUAUGAUUUACCUCUGGUCAUAUAAAGAAGAGGCAAAGGCAAGAUUGGCAGUCUACAUUUCCAGUGGUUAAAUCUCACAGUCUUGGGCUACUUGUUAAGUAUGUGGAUGUCUAGGGCCAAUCUAGUGAGACAAUCUGACACCUCAACACAGAGAGGAAAUCAAUUUGAGCAAUGAAAGUAAAUAAUUUGGGCUCUAGGACAUUUGAAGAUAGAGGUCUAGCUGUGAGGUAGAAUUUUUGUGGGUCCUCAUUUCUUUGAGAAAGAGAUCAUGUUAUAGGAACCCAGGUAAAGUCACAUCCCAUUGAAUAAAGAACGAGUUUUGGCUGAGUUUUCUUGUAAUUUCUUUUCAGGCAUGUUAUGAGGAUUAAUACAGUGGGAUAUGUUUAUCACAGUCUUAGGGCUGCUCUCAGUUUCCUUCUUCAGUCCUUAUAUUGAGGUCUGGGUUACAGCUUUUUUUCUUCAAAGGAGCACAAAGCAGUGUUGGGACACAUGCCUUUUAAGGAUGGAAGGAAGAUUAAGUUUUUUCUUUUUUUAACUUACUGUUUCAAUAUCUUCUAAGGUGCUAUUCUAUUUUUCUUUUUGCUGCUCCAUGAGUUCUUAUCACAUUGUAUGGAGACCAGCCUUGUCUAGAAAGGGAAUUGAAUUCUGAAAGCUUCAGAGAGGCUUAAAAGCCUUUCAGAAUUUUUCUUUGCCUGCUGAAGUCUUUACUUGUGGUUACAUUACCUUAUGAGUUUUGUCCAUUGAACUCUUAAUUCUGUUACCAAAUGUGAACUUAUAAAAUGCUUUGUGUUUCCCAUGUGGCUUGAGGUAACAGACCUCAAGCUUCUUGGGGGCACAUUCUCUGCAGCUCUCAAACUGGACUCUGGGGGGAUGUUGCAUGAGGGGAUGUUGCACGUCCUUGUUUAGAAAAAAUUCUGGUGGCCAAAUCCUGAAUCUGAAUAUUCUUGUGUGUCACUCAGUUAUGGUUCCAAAGGGGACCUGUAAGAAGACCAGUAGGGCAUGGACCAAGACUCUCAUUUAAUUGCACAAUUUAGAACUUUGCUGCAAGACGAGGCAGCUCCAACCCUUUGACUCCAGUGUUGAACUGUUAACUGCUGCAUUUCACUGUGUUUUUUGUUUGUUUGUUUGUUUUUGUAGGAGGGUAUGCACUAUUGGGUCAUGCACACAGACGUGUAACUCUUGAGAUCUUUACCACGUCAUAGUUAAUAAACUUCUUUGCACUUUCUGGCUACUUUUUGGUGUAUAUCUACAUAUUAGAUGAGAGCUGUCCUGUGAAAGAGAAGGGGGGUGGUUUGUGAUUUUCAGCAUCAAAUAACCAUUCAUCUCUGAGCUGUACCCCAGCAAGAAUCUGCA